CGCCACCCGUGUUGGACACGCCUAUGCUUUGAGCAAACACCCCAAAUUUCUUCAGUUGAUUCUACAGAAGGGGAUCCCUGUUGAGGUGCAGCCUAUUUCAAAUCAGGUGAGUUCAAUCUGUCGAGUGGCAACCAACUUCCAAUCAGGUGAGUGCAAUCUGGGACAACCCAUUGCCAAUCAGUGAGUCCAUCUGUUUAGGUGCAAUCAUAUCAUGCAACCCAUAUCCUAUCAGCUCAGUUUAAAGAAACUAUAUUUUUUUAAGUGAUGAAAAUGUGGGGGAGAUGUUGAAGGAGGGGGAGGGGGGGGGAGGAGACAACAUAAAAUAUAAUAAAUUAAAUUCUUGACAAUCUUGACAAUUUAAAAAACGGUUAUGUUAACUGAUCUAUGGGCUACAGCAAUCGUGAAUCAACAACAUUGCACAAUUUCUCUCGACUCUCUACCAGGUUUUACGCCUGGUCAGCGACUUCCGUAAUCAUCCGAUGGUGUCACUGAUGGCCCAGAACCUGUCUUUGGUCAUUAGCUGCGAUGACCGCACCACCAUGGAAUCGGCACCGCUGUCCCAUGACUUCUUUGUGGCGUUCACGGCCAUGUCCAGCGAAGACGCUGAUCUGACCCUCUUGAAACAGCUGGCCAUCAAUUCCAUCAAGUGA